AAAGUUCAAAAUAUGUGGAGCAAAACAAAACAAGCAAAAGUCAACAACAAUUUUGCUUUUUGGAUUCGUGGAGUAUUUAUUCUGCUUAUAUUUUUUCGAAAAAAGAGUAAAUCUAUUGAUUUUUGGGUUGAAUCAUGGAGUGAAAGCAUUAUUCGACCAAAAUUUUUCCGUGAUAAGUGAACAGAUUUUACCGACACUUCCGGCUUGGUACGGUAGAGAGCAAAUCGCGAUUCCGUCGUGGCUCUGAGAUACACUGCGCUCUACUGCACGAUGAUUUUCCGCGUUGUGGAUGCAGCCAAGCUGAUAGGAAGCCGGCAGAAUCUCGUACCGUACCUGGCAUUAUGUCACCAGUUCAAUCACCCGAGCAUCGUCCUGCGGAAGCUAUCCGUUCUAAGUAGUUCUAGGAUUUCGAAUAAGUUUAUGGUAACUGUAACUAAAACUGAAAAAAAGUUACUCAGUAUUCCAAGGCUAUCGUACAGUACGCAAUCCACGACACCUCCUAAGGAGGAGAAAAAUGAUGCCAGCUCAGCGAAGUCAACUCAGGAGAAAACCUUGGAGAUAAACACUAAAAGUGGAACCUUGCUAGUGACGACCACUACCACAUCGGAUGCCAAGCUGCAGCAGGUGGUAAUCGAGAAACCGAUUAACAUUCUGAAAAAUGCAGCCGAUGCAACCGCAGCAAAAGAGGCCCUCCAACAAGCGAAUCCGACCCAAGGAGAAGAUGAGCAACAGAAGAAAGCGGAAGUCGAUCUAAAAGAGCAGCUCGCGGAGAAGAACCGUCAGCUGGCAAAGAAGCGGAUUCAGGUGGAUUUUUCGCGCUCGUCCUUGGAGCGGAAUUUCAUCACUCCGGUGCGAGCAAUGUCCGACUUCCUGUUGAAACCGUCCGAUUUGGAAGCACUGCCAAAGACCAAACGGAGAUCUCCAUACGAGCAGGAACCGCCCAUCACGGUCUAUUGGCGCAAAGACGUGCAAGCGAAAGCAAUCGAGGUGUGGGGUUCGCGGGAGAAUUUGCUGAAGGAGUGCUUGAAGCGUGAAAUUGAGAAGAAGCGGCACCAGCAGAAUAUUUUUACCGUUAAGCGAAGGUUACGUGACUAUCGAAGAGAAAUCGGAAGUCGCACUAAUGUAGUGGAUUCUGAGCCAGGAUUGUUCGGAAAAUCUGGAAAAGUGGUGCUGACAGCUAUUGCAAUCAAUGCCACAAACUGUCUGUUUAAAUUUGGUGCCUGGUUGUACACCGGAUCGCAUAGUAUGUUUGCGGAAACGAUCCACUCACUAGCGGACACCAUCAACCAACUUAUCUUGGCUUAUGGAAUCCACAAGAGCACCCAGAUUGCCGACUCGGAUCAUCCGUACGGCUAUGCCAACAUGAAGUACGUAUCGUCACUGAUCUCCGGAGUGGGUAUUUUCUGCGUUGGGACGGGCCUCUCCUUCUAUCAUGGGAUAAUGGGCUUGGUCGAUCCGCACCCGUUGGAUGAUCUGUACUGGGCGUUCUUCAUUCUUGGUGGAUCGUUGGUUUCUGAAGGGGCAACACUGGUGGUGGCCAUCAAUAGCUGCCGGAGUGGUGCGAAAGCACUCGGAAUGACGUUUAGAGAUUAUGUGGUACGCGGACAGGAUCCUUGCGUGAAUGUAGUUCUAACAGAAGAUGCGGCGGCUGUGCUCAGUGUGGCUCUCGCUGCCACCUGUAUGGGUGUAUCCUCCUACACCGGAUCGCCAAUUCCGGACGCCGUGGGCUCACUGCUGGUCGGUUGCAUGCUCGGCGGAGUGGCUUCCUUCAUUAUCUAUACCAAUGUGGCCGCUUUGGUUGGUCGAUCCAUUCGACAGGACAAUCUCGACCGGAUGAACGCCGAACUGGAAAGCGACAUCAUGAUCCGGGCGAUUCAUGACGUGAAGGGGAUUGAUAUGGGCAAUUCGCUGGUUAGGUAUAAGGCUGAGAUGGACUUCGAUGGUCGAGAGCUAACGCGGGUGUAUCUGGACAAGCAGGAUCUGAACGUGCUGCUGGAGGAAGUUAAAACGUUCCAAACAAUUGAUGAACUGGAGGCAUUCCUUCUCAAGCACGGCGAAAAUAUUGUGGACUUGAUGGGAGGUGAAAUCGAUCGUAUUGAAAUGAAACUGCGGAAAAAGUUCCCUGAAAUACGGCACUGUGAUCUGGAAAUCUUGUAAAUUUGUUGUGCUUUUGCUGCGUCGCUAUUCUAGUAACUCGGAAUCGGUUUAAAGUGAGUAUAAUACACAAACACAAGAAGAGCAAAUUGGCUUAGUCUGUCUUAUUAAGAUGCAGAUUUAUUUUUACGUUUUGGAAGAAAUGUUACAAAAUAAAAAAGUAAUUCUAAAAUAUAACAAAAUCAAACUAAUAAAUCAAAUUUGAAUGUACUCACAAA